CUUUAAUCGCAUCGUAAAAGCCCAAAACUUCAUUGUCGGCCAGUGGCAGCUCCCAAGGUUCAGGCUUCAGUCAAGAAGAGGUCAAUAAACCAGGCUUCCAAGGCUCUUCACCAACCCUCACUGUGCCAUAGCUAAAGCUCCUCACUUGCGCCAUUCGCGGAGCAAAGCUACUUAAAGUUGAACAUUCCAUAUUCGAUUUGAAGAGGUAGAAGCAGUACUUGUUAAGAGUAAGACUAUGGGUAGUCAGAGAAUAGGAGAAGAAGAUGAUAAACAAUCAAGAUCUCUGGGGAUGCAAGAGACAAGCCCAUUUAAUAGUACAAGUUGGGUGGGGAAGAUUCAAGCGCAGUACAACAAGAUAAAAGAGAAUGCAGAAACUUACCCUUAUGUCUGGGGUUCAUAUAUUGCUGUGUACGGGGGUUUUGGCAUAUGGCUUGUCUAUAGAGGGAUGAAACUCCGCAGAAAAGAAGAUAGGGUCCGAGCUCUUCAAGAGCAACUCCGCAAGCUCGUUGAGUCUGAAGAGCAUGGAAGUUCGUCAGCUGCUACUGGCUCUAACAGUAAGCACUCACCACAUGAUAAACCCACUGAUUAAAUUAUCUCGCUGACCUGUAUUCUCUCUCAGUCUAUUCUUUAUGGCCUUUGCCUGACAUUUUGGAAGAGAUUCUUCACAUUGAAAUGUAAAGAACUAAAGCCCAGCUAAAUCUUCUUAUUCCCACAUGUAUACUUAUUUGGGACUUGGGAGAGUAAGUAUACAUGAAAAUUGGGAUUUUUGAUCAUCUGCACAAAACAUCAUGGUUAUUUUUGUAAAACAGAUACAAAGAAAGUAGACUUACCUCACCAUUAUAUUCCUGAACUUGACGAGUAUUGAAUACUCUGAUUUUUGGCCAUUCUUCAUUCAAAAAAUGCGUCAAACCCCCAUUGUAUAAUUAAUGCUGCACAUGGUUUUGUUUCAAGUUUGCAUUUGGUUUCACACACGAGCGCCCUCUUAUAUAAAAAAAUAUGCGCAUUGGCCAUUCAUCAUUCAGAAAAUGCGUCAAACUCCCAUUUUAUAAUUAUUGAUGCACACAAUGCACAAGAAUGACAAAUUUAGCGGUCGUGAAAUUGCACACCUUUGGUGUUUGUAUAUUAAAGCGCAAAUAUUGAAGUACUAUUUGAAUCACAGGCUCACCGCUAAGAAAAGUUGGUUGAAGAAGUUCUUUUUCAUUUUUGAAGGAAAUACAUUGUGUUCAGCCUAUGAUGUUAAUCUUUCCUAUCUUCUCAAGGUCAUGACUCAUGAAUGUCCAGUUAAUUUUGUUUUAAUUUGAUGAUCAUGUAAAUGUUUAUGCUUUAGCUUACUGUGUGAACUUCGUCUGCUGGAUGCUCCUUGGUGCGUUUUCUGUGCCUUUUUUAUUUGUUUGGAUGUUUACCAUAUUUUAUAUAACUGCAGCUUGUGAAAAGGGUUUACAAGUCUUUUUUUUUUUUAAAAAACCGGUAGGCAAACCACCAAAAUCAAUAGAAUAGAUGUCGGGAAACAUCUGCCAAUGUUUUAUUGAAAAAUAUAGAAACAUACAGAACCAGAGGGGGGGCCUAAACCACAACGGCAAAACCUCUACGGGGAGGCAUACCUCCCGACAAAUACAUUAAUGCAAAAAAAAAAAAAGAUAAAGAGAAAAACUUUAGCGAUCAACAUAUAAAACAAUAAGACAACAAAAUAGAUAAGCUAUAAAGACAACAAAAUAUCAGACACGCAAAGUAGGAAGAGCAUCUAUAUCUAAUAGGAGAAGUGUCUUGACUAAGAGGAAACGGGUGAAGCUGAGUCCUUCCAAAGCCAUCCUAUGAGCAACCAUAUUAGUUUCCCAAUAGCAGUGAUUAAUCCGGAACCGUAGUUUCCAUUUUCGAUCGAAUAACAUCAAGGAGCAGAUGAUGGGAAGAUAUGAAAUCUUUCUUUCAGAUGGCCUUAUGAAGUGUCUCCGAAUCAGUCUCCAAGUGAAUCCCAGUUGUCCCCAUAUCUCUGCACCAUUUAAGAGCCUCCAUGACAGCUUUUGCUUCCUCUUGCAGGACCGAUCUCACCUGAAUGGGAACAGCUGCAGCAGCUAAGAAAUUACCCUUUGGAUCUCGAAGAACAGCUCCGCCACCACUUUUGCCAUUCUGAAAAGCCGCAUAUUCAUCAUCUAAAGCUGGCCCAUAUACUUAAAAUUGAAUAAACUUAAACAAGUUAAUGAAGGACUGUUUGUGUUUGGAAAGUGAUUUAUUUUAGAAAGUAUAUAAAAAAAUGUUUAAUUGUAAAAGCUGGUCAGGUUUGAAAGUUAAAAAUUACUCCGUAUUUAUUAAAGUAAAUAUGUUCAUUCUUCAAAAAAAAAAGUAAAUUUGUUAAAAAAGUUUUUUUUUAAGUGUAAAAUCAUUGGUAAAAAUCAAAUUUGGUGAAUGCUUUUGUAGUAUUGUACCCUUUGAAUGAGUGUACUGUACAAUGUAUUUGAUUGACCGAAGUGAUUAUUUUAUCAUGUAUUUAUUUGUACAAUGCAUUUGAUUGACCCAAGUGAUUAUUUUAUCAUGUAUUUAUUUUUGAGUUAUUCAAUUGAAAUAUUUUAAUUGACC